GAGUUUCUUGAGUUGGAAACAAUCGCAAGGCGUAAUACAUGAAUUUUGAAAUUAUUGCACAAAAACGAAAGCUUUUCAGAUUUUUUUGGUGGGAUGGGAUUAUUUUCUUCGUUUCUUUUGACUUGUCGGAAUGUAUUCGGUGGUCAAUAGCCAAAACAAAAAAGUGGUCAUACAAGAUUUUGAAGGGCUGGAGCCCACUAAAAAUCGAAAGCUGGGACCCACGUUUUGACAGUCCAAUUCCACUAACGCCAAAUUCAUGAGUUAGCCGUUGAGACUCUAAACAAAAACCUCUGCUCCUUCACAAAUCAAAAUCAACUCACACAACAAUUGAGUUGCUCUUCAUUCUCGCCGCCUCCAACAAUGGCUGAUUUCUUCGCAGAUAGCGACGAUGACAAGGCGGUCGAGGAGCUCUUAUCUCAGGCCAUGGACGCCACCGUUCUGGAGCAGGUCGCCGCCGUCAACUGCGCCGGUUUCAACGACGACGGCCUCCCUUCUCAUCUCCAAACCCGCUUUCAGAAGCUUAAAUCGUUCCCGUCAUCGGCGGCGAACCCCACUCCUCUCUCGACAAAAAGCUUCAAUCUUUCACACACUCCGGAUUUCAAGAAAAACGGCGCCGUGAACGAAGCAAAAGCUCCACUUUCCAGUGAAGAAAAGACCGCGGAGAAGAAGUCCACCAAGUGCUCGACAAAAAGCCCAGAUGAAAAUAGCUGCUUAUCUGAUGCCGAGACUCCAUCACAAUCACCUUUCAAAGAAAUCCCACAACGAAAAUUGAAGAAAAAUGCAAAGAAAUCUGCAAAAUCGCUGUCGUUUUCUUCGUGUGAUGGUUUCUCUAGUAGGUCGGUCUCGCCGCCGGCGAAAAGCGGUUGCUUUUUGUGUUCUCCUAAAAAGGUGUCGAAGAAAAAGAGUAAAGAAAACAGGGGUUUGGAUUUUGGGGUUGAUUGUGGGAAGAGCGAUGAGCUCUUAUCCGAUCUGAGUAAUUUUUCUGUGAGAAGUCAGAGAAGAAUGAUCAAGAAGGCUAUGGAGGAGGAGGAGAGGAUUUCUAGGGAGGCUGAGAAGAUUGUGAAGUGGGCUAAGCAGGCUUCUGCAAGAAUGGAAAUUUCAGGGAUUGAAGAUGAGAUAAGUGAUGAUGAUAAUGCUAAAUUUGCAUAAUCUGUUUGAUUCCCAUAUACGAUUUCUUGUUUCUGCUCUAUUUGAUGUUUAGAAAAGGUCUCUGGUCUGCUUUUGAUGGGCAUAGUUUCAUACAUAUAGAAUACAUACAUAUUAUAUAGUAUAUAGUUUUUGCUGUGUCCUUGAAUCUUGAUCCUAGUUGGAUUGAAUGUUAAUGUUGGGUGUUUUGUGAAUUUGUCAUCUCUCUUUGAGAAGGUGUUUUGCCUUGUCUUGUUAUUUUUUGUGAAAGUAUUCCCUAUUUUCUUUUUGCUUGCAA